CAAGCACAGACAAUACUGAAGGGGGUUUAUUUACGGUACUGGUAAGACUGACAGGCAGCUUCAAAAAUAUAAUGCCACUGUGGCCCGUUAUAUACAUUCUUUUAUCAGUUCAUUUGCAUUUAUCUGUACAUGCAGAGACAGACAUUGUUGCAAGUCAAGAGAGAACCCUGGAGAAAGAUAAAAAUAAGAACAGUACGUACAUAUAGAGAUCAUCCUAAUUGCAUCAAACAUCUAUGCCUACCUUGCGGGGGAAGGAGGUGGAGCGUGAGGUUGGUGCACUGAAUGUGGAAUUUUCCCGGCCAGUGAAUCUUGAGGAAGCUAAGAGGAUAAACCCUGAAGUGAGAGAAGGAGGCCGAUAUGCUCCAGAAGACUGUAAAGCACUUCAGAAAGUAGCCAUCAUAAUCCCAUUCAGGAAUCGUGAUGAGCAUCUGAAGUACUGGCUGUAUUAUCUCCACCCAAUCCUUCAAAGGCAACAGCUUGACUAUGGAGUGUAUGUCAUCAAUCAGGGUGGAGAAGAAACCUUUAAUCGUGCUAAACUUCUGAACAUAGGCUUCAAAGAAGCUUUGAAAGAAUAUGAUUAUGGUUGCUUUGUAUUUAGUGACGUAGACCUAAUUCCAAUGGACGACAGGAACAUCUACAAGUGUUACAGCCAGCCACGGCACCUUUCUGUAUCGAUGGAUAAGUUUGGAUUUCGUUUACCGUACAAUCAGUAUUUCGGAGGUGUGUCUGCUUUAAGCAAGGAGCAAUUCGUAAAAAUCAAUGGAUUUCCUAAUAAUUACUGGGGCUGGGGUGGCGAAGAUGACGACAUUUAUAACCGGCUGUAUUUUAAAGGUAUGAGAAUAUCUCGUCCAGAUGCUGUAAUUGGGAAGUGCCGAAUGAUUCGCCAUUCAAGAGACCAUAAUAAUGAACCCAACCCACAGAGGUUUGACAGAAUUGCUCGCACCAGAGAGACAAUGAAUUCCGAUGGCUUAAAUACUCUGUCAUACAAGGUAUUGAAAACUGAGAAAUACCCACUGUAUACCAAAAUAACAGUGGAUGUUGGCUCACCAAAAAACUAGUGUUGGAGAGGCAGAAGUGAAGACUUAGAAGCUACCAGGGAUAUCUGAUCCAUAGGAUUUUUAUAUGUACUGUUUGUACAGUCAGAAUGAACAAGAGAGCCUCAUUCAGCUAUGCAAAGUUUUUCCCAGUCUCCUGGACAAGUGAGACUUUUUAAUCCCAAACUUGACUUUACACAACUUUCUAGCUCUACAGUAUUUUUGUAAGUUUAGAAACUGUAAAUAAGAGUUGUAAAUAUUUACAUUGCCUGAAAAUGCUGGACAUUAUGUAUCUUAUGCAGUGCUCCCCACAGAAAUAUUUUAUUCGAAUGUUAUUGUUCACAAACAAAUGAUGACUCAGCAAUUACUACCCAUAUUAUUUCUUCCAUACGUUAAAUUAAGUAGAUGAGAACACUGCUUUAAAUUCUUUGCUGUUGUUACUUUAUGAAGGACUGGAAAAUGCUGCUAAAAUUAUACAAGUUUACACUUUGCAUUACAUUUUUUUAAUGGAGGCAGUAUCGUUUAUUCUUGUCUAACAUCAACCAUUUUUUUCUUUAAUUUUAUGCAGAGCAAGAUUUGGAAAAAUUGAUCUUACAAAAUCUGUAACAGCAACAGAUUUUAUCGUCUCAGAGGGGAUUUUAAUAACUUGGGUCCCAAUCCUCCAGUGAGCGCUAUAUAGACGGGACAUUUAGGCUUGGUGGGAGCUGCGCAGGAGGGUAUAAAUCUUAUGUUUGCUGCAGGAAGUACUGUCUCCAGGUGACCUGCACGGAAAGAUGUCUCUUGUUAGAUAGAGCAGUGUAAGAUCCAUUCUAUUUUUUAAGAAAGGCAAUUUGGUUGUAAUUAUGGGCUGAAACUAUAGUCUUUUUUAAUUAAAAUUUACUGAAAUUAGUUUACUUUCGUAAGAGCUUAUCAUGCUAUUUAAAUACCAUAUAAAUUUCACAAAAACAAAAUGCAUUUUUCUUAAUGUUGUACAUAAAACUUGAAUUCACUGUUCCUUUUGUUUUGUGAUAUUUUAAGAUGACGUGAGGGAAAUUUGGUUUUUAAAAGAGACAUUUGUAUGUUAAUACCUUAAUUAAACUAGGAUGUAGCAUCAUUGUUAAACAAGGCUUAGAAAUAGCCUGUCCCCACAAUGACUGGUUCUUAUGUGCUUUGUGAUGUGUGAGCCGUGUAUUAAGUUUGUGCUACAUAUUUGUCCAUGAACUCUUUUGAACUCUUUAAUGCUUUAGUACUAACAGGACAGGAAAGAUCAGGCUUACUUCGCUGAUCUGAAGCCUGCACUGAAAGUGUGUCUGCUAAGAUGUGAGAAAGUGUUCCAGGUCCAUACUCAUUUGUAACUUCUGCAGCCACUGAGGAAUGUACUCUUUCUUGUUCAUGGCAUUUUUAAACUGCAGAAAAGUGACAGUGGCAGCCUAUGCACCUCGCCUUUCCCCUUCAGCAUUAUGGCAUUUAGAGCAAGUCAGAAUUUCACAUCAAAGCACUGACAUCUCAGCAGCGUUUGUGAAUUUUUUGCCACCUUUCAACCAGCUCAAUCUAAAAUGGCUUAUGCUAAUUGGGCCCGAUCCAAAACUCUCAGGAGUCAGUGGGAGGCUUAGCAGGAGCUCUGGAUCAGGCCUGUGGGGUUACUCCUGCAUCUUGGUGUGUUUACCCCUUGGAGAGUAGAAGUAGAGCUGAAGUCCCAUUUGUUUUAUGCAAGGAAGGAAGGGGCUGAUCUAAGAUUGGGGGCGGGGGGGCUAUUUUAUUUAAAUGUGCUUUUUGGCCACUGGCUAUGGCUGAAGGCAUGGUCAGAAACCCCACUAACCCCAUGAGGUGCCUGGGGAGGUGCUUGCCCUUCAGUCUGAUUUGUACGGGCUUGUCUACCAACCUGUUUGGUUUAGUUUAGACCUGUACGCCUACCAACACAAGAUAAACCCAUGUGACAGUGUCCACACCCAGAGGUUCACCAGAUCUGUAUUCAGUCACACCUUUACUUAAACCAGUACAACUCUGGCUUCUGAGCAGUAUGAGAGAGAGCCAGCAUUGUUUGGAAUGAAGAGCUGAUGUGCCUGUGUGGAGCCCUGCACACGCCUGCUCUUGGGAGGAAUUGUCCUCACGCUAGGAAUGGCAUUACAGAAUUACACAUGGCUUAGAUCCCUUCCAGAAGCGGGGUUAAUUUUCUCUCUGCAAAACCCAGGCACAUGCAGCAGCACUGAUUAGUAGCCAAAUGUGGCCUGGGAUUUUCAAAGGAGUCUAGGGAGUGUGGCCCCAGCUCCCCCUGAAUGCCAGGAGAAUGUGGAAACCAAACAUUUCUUCUCAGUGUGAUGUCCCAGCAUGGAGGAAAUUCACGUUUUACUUGCAUACAUCUCAUUUGUAUAGCAUGCAGGGUCCCCUUCUGUGCUGGGACCUGGGACAGUUUUGAAAUGUCCCCAAAUGAAAUCAAAGGCCAGUUGGCUGUUCAUUUGUUCACAAUCUCACUUGCCAUGUUUCUACUGUUUAAACAAAAUACAUUAAAUAGUGACAUUUUCUUGUUCAGAGCCAGUAGCUUGUUGCUUAAUCCUGAGUUGGUCUAGGGUGAAGGUGCUGGGCUGGGACUCGGGCUCAGCUGCGACCUGGCUGUGUAACCUUGGACAGGUUGCUUCCCCUUUCUGUGCUUCAUUUCCAGGGCUGCACUGAGACAAGAUGGGGUCUAUUAGAAUACAAAUCUGUAUAAUGGCUGCAAGGCGGGUUGCUGGCAAAAUACAUUGACUUUUCUUUUAAAUGCUCAUUCUUUCUGCAUGUGCCCGUCACAAUGCCUCCUCCGCGAGAAAUGGAGUUACAAUAUGGUCUAGAUUCCCAGCCUGCCCC